AUGAAGGAUUUUGAGAAGUUUAACGAUGACGAUGCUGGAAGAAAAAAAGCAAGAAAGCAAGGCUAUACUAAUAUAUCAUCGGAGUCUGAGACUCCUAUCCCUGAUUCACCCUUUGUAUCUUCUCCUAACUUAUCAUCAUUUUCAUUAAAUUUAAAUGAGGAUGUUGCAGGCGAUUCCACAUCAUCACAACGACCUAGUGGGGUGAAGAAAGCAAAUAUGAAGAGAAAAAUAGAUGAAGAUUAUAUAAAAAUGGUCCAAUCAGAAAAUAGUCAGAUUGUUGAGGUGAUGAAAGAUUCAAAUGAGACAAAAAAAAAAAAAACUUUGAGACUAAAAGAACUCAAAGAAGAAAAUAAAUUUUUAUUCAUCGAUGUGGAUUCUGUUGUCGAUCCAAAUCGUCGUGAAGUUUUGCGAAAAGAACAAAAACGAAUAAUGGAUAAAAGGAGUCAACAAUUUCCACAGCCACAACCACAACAAUCCUAUGCCCCAUUCACUCAAUUCUUUAAUGAUUUUGGUGUAUUUGGAAACGACUUACCUCUCUACUAA